AUGCAGCGGAAGCAAUCGCAAGUUCUGCUUGAUGAUUGGAGCAUACCGCUGCUGAUGCAGUACAGUCGACCCGUCCCGGUGCUAUCGGAAGAAUCGCCAGCACCGUUUCCUUCAAUGGCAUUUGUUCAAGGAAAAUUCCGGAGCCAACAUGCGUGCGGAAGGGGAUCCGGAAGCGCUCGCCAAGUCAUCUGUGUGCCUUUAGCGGUCCUCCGCCUUUGCCUUCGCAUGCUAACAGCUCGCGUGACUCUUCCAGACACCUACAGGAUGGCAGACGAGACCGUCAUGGCGUCCGUAGUGGCGAAGACGUGUGUGGUCCGAUUUGAGAUUCCAGGUCACACCCGAAAGACACACCCCCCGCACACUGCAUAG